AUGUCUGACCAGAAGUACUACACUUUGGCAGAAGGAUGUCCCUAUGCAAGCAGCCAAACAAGUGUUCUGAUGCGGAAUAAAAGUGGCGGUGGGCUGGGACUACUCCAAGACACACAGCUCAUAGAGACCUUGGCUCAUUUCUCGCGAGAGAGAAUCCCUGAACGUGUUGUGCAUGCAAAGGCUGUAGGCGCCUAUGGCGAGUUCGAAGCUACCCGCGAUUGUUCCGACUUUACCAGUGCUAGUUUUCUGAACCAAGUCGGGAAAAAAACCCCAGUCCUUCAGCGGGUGUCGACCGUUGGCCCCGAGUCGGGUUCUGCAGACACAUCUCGUGAUGUUCACGGGUUUGCGUUGAAGUUCUAUACAGACGAGGGAAACCUGGACUGGGUUUUCAAUAACACGCCUGUGUUUUUCAUUCGCGACCCGGUCAAGUUCCCCUCGUUGAAUAGAUCUCAUAAGCGAAACCCCCGAAGCCACCUUCCUGACGCCAACAUGUUCUGGGACUUUCACGUUGGCAAUCCAGAGGGUAUCCAUCAACUUCUGGUUCUCUUCAGUGACCGCGGCACGCCCCGAUCCGUGCGCUACUUGAACGGGUACAGCGGCCACACGUACAGAUUCACGAAGCCGGACGGCUCUUUCAAAUACGCCAAGAUUCAUAUCAAAACACAGCAAGGCGUCGAAAACCUUAGCCGUGAGGAAGCCACUCGAAUUGCAGGUGAAAAUCCAGACUACAUGAUUCAGGACAUGUACGAGGCGAUUGAGCGAAAGGAAUAUCCGGUUUGGAAUGUGUAUGUGCAACUGAUGAGCCCCGAGGAAGCGGAAAAUUACCGAUGGAACAUCUUCGAUAUGACCAAGGUCUGGUCGCACAAGGACUUCCCACUUAUCCAAAUUGGCCGGCUUACUAUGAACCGCAAUCCAAACAAUUAUUUUGCGGAUAUUGAGCAAGCUGCUUUUUCGCCAUCCACGGUUGUUCCCGGAUUUGCCGCAUCUGCUGACCCAAUUUUGCAAGCACGGCUCUUUGCUUACCCUGAUGCCGCCCGGUACCGACUCGGGGUGAACUAUCAACAACUCCCCACCAACGCGGCCAAAUCGCAAGUUUACUGCCCCUUCCAACGUGACGGGGCGAUGCGGAUGGACGGAAACUACGGCGGCGACCCGAACUACGUCGGUUCGACGAUUCAGCCUCUCCUAUACUACCAAGACGUGAAGAAAACAACCCCCCAGGCGUUGAAUCUGAGCGGAGCACACGAGAAAUGGUUGUGGGAAGUCAUCGGGCGGGAGCCUGGUCACCAAGAAAGGGUUAUCGAGAAUCUCGUCGGCAGCUUGAUCGGCGUGAAGUAUCCGGAAUUGCGCAAGGGUGUUUAUGCUCUUUUUAGCCGGGUAAACAAGGACCUAGGGUCAGCCUUACAGAAACGUGUCGAAGAGGAAAUCAAGGCGAAGCAAUCUUGA